AUGGCCUCCAUGGAAUCCUUCGACAAUUUUCGGUAUGGCUUGCUGUCCAUGGCCCCUAUUGGCCUCGCCAGCCAACAUGGGUGGAUUCUGCAAGGUUGCGCUGAUGCGGCGAUGUUUUGGCACAGUUUGCGUCUAGCGGAGCUCAACCUGCCGCCUGUCAGUCUCCUGGGCUGGGACUAUGCACAUGUUCGCCUGCUGCCCGAUCCAGAAAAGAAAGAUGAUGGCGUUAUCUUUGUAUCCAGUGAUGAAGAAGCACAGCCACCCAACGAGGCUACGCCUCAGAUCCAGUGUUGCGGCGUCGCAACCUGCACGUUCGUGUGCUGGACCAGGGCCAUGCAGCCAUUCUUUGCAGCCCGCUGCGAGGAAGCAGCGGAAAUUUUGGGUGAGGCUCAGACAGCAGGACACGCGUAUAACGGUGGCGAUAACUACCACCUGCAUCCAGACGGCAUGAAGCCGUUCUGCGACGCCAUUGCUGACUUCCUGAAGGCGGCGACCGUGGAUGACAAUCAUGAACAAGACCGCGAUGGGAAGCUCUCCCAGUCCCUGCUCCCUGUGCCGGUGUGCGCCAAGAAAGUUGUCGUGGUUUGCUCCGGUGCGUAUUGGAAUGAUGUCACCUUCGGCGAGGACCCCUCCUACGACUUCGCGUGGUACGAUGUCGAUUUCAAGGUCCUGGACGUUGUACCAUCCCAGGCCAUGCAGCCAUUCUUCGCAGCCCGCUGCGAGGAAGCAGCGGAAAUUUUGGGUGAGGCUCAGACAGCAGGACACGCGUAUAACGGUGGCGAUAACUACCACCUGCAUCCAGACGGCAUGAAGCCGCUCUGCGACGCCAUUGCUGACUUCCUGAAGGCGGCGACCGUGCAUGUUGUCUUGGUUGGUGAUGUUUCAGUUGGCAAGACCCACCUCUUGUCGCGCUACAUGAAGGACGACUUGCCCAAGGCCCCGGCAGCCACGAUUGGUGUGGGUCGCAGCAGGAAGACUGUGCGUUUGACGGCGAGCGGCGUGAACGUCAAGGCGCAGAUCUGGGACACCGCUGGCCAGGAGCGCUAUCGAGCCAUCACUCGGGCCCACUACCGUAGGGCCGCGGGGGCCAUUAUGGUCUACGACGUCACAAGGUCGGAGACCUUCAGAAGUUGUGCCUCCUGGGUCCAGGAGGUGCGGGAAGGAGCCUCCCAAGAUGCGGUGAUAAUGCUGGUGGGCAACAAGAUCGACCUGGUCGAACAAGAUCCUUCUUUGCGGCAGGUUUACCACGACGUUGCGCAGGAGUUUGCUCGACAGCACGGUCUCCACUUCGUUGAGGCCACCCGGAGAGUCGUAAGUCGCGGCCACGCCUUUUGUACAAUUUCGCCGGAGGCUUCGGCUGUUUCCGGCAUGAACGUGCGCGACGCUUUUGAACAGCUCCUAGAAGAGGCCAUGCCCGGCUGGAGUUCCCUCUUUGGGUCAAUUCCACCGGUUCGCUUUCCGAGCUUUAUGCAAGGGAUUGUUGAACUUCUCAUUGCGGGCGUGGUUUGA